AUGAUCAGCGGUGCUUCCCAACAUCACAAGAAACGGCUUGUUUCGUAUCGCAAAAGUGAUGUGGUGGUAAAGACCGGAAGAAAUAAUGCAAGCCUUCUCAAUGAAAUUUGGGGAAGCGGAACAGAUUGCUUCCAGGCAAUACCACUUAGUAGACGUAAUGAUGAUGGCGAACCAAUGCUUCUUAGGCUUAAUAUUGGUGGUACCUCAUAUAUACUAUUGAUAGAAACCAUUCUACAAGCAGAAUUAACUGGUUUUCUUCCUAAAUUUAUUCAGCUGAAUCAUAAAUCCAGAUUGGAGGUAGCAGAUGCCUAUAUAGCAUCUGAAGAUGCAUAUUAUUUUCAACGAUCUCCAUAUGCAUUUGAUGCUGUAUUUCAAUAUUAUGCAACCGGUGUCGUGCAUAGGCCACCGGAAAUUUGUCCUAAUGCUUUUUUAUCAGAGUUGGAGUUUUGGGGAAUUUCCUAUCGAUCUAUUAGUUCAUGUUGUGCCGAUAUCAUAGCCCGGGAUCGAUUCGAGGAGAAGGAGGAAGAAAAAGUUGAUUAUAAAAGUUUUGAUAAUUUGAUGUUCGGGAAAGUAAGGAGGAAGAUGUGGACUUUUCUGGAAAGACCUGGUUCAUCGGUUCAGGCUAAAGCAUUUGAACUAUCUUCAACUUUGUUUGUUGCUAUAUCUGUUAUGGGUCUAAGCUUCGGAACUAUUCCAGACUUUCAGGUGAUCCAGUAUUUGCCUGCUCAUAAUGAAACAAUUUUGCUUCCAAAUGGUACUAUAACGGUAGUGGAAAAAAUUGAAGAAAUGCGAGUUGAGCAUCAAAUUUUUGUAUUAACGGAACGUAUUUGUAUAGCAUUUUUCACUGUCGAAUAUUGCCUUCGACUAUUUGCUGCACCAAGGAAAUUUCGUUUUACACUAAAACCAUUAAAUUUGGUAGAUUUGAUGGCAAUUAUUCCAUUCUAUCUCGAAUUAAUAUUAACAUUAUGUGGUGUGGAUGACAAAAAAUUGCGUGAUUUACGUUGGGCCUUCUUAGUGGUUCGUAUAUUACGGGUUCUACGAGUGAUACGAAUUAUUAAGCUGGGCAGAUUUAGUUCUGGUCUACAAACUUUUGGUAUGACAUUACAAAGGAGUCAAAAACAACUACAAAUGAUGACAAUUGUAUUGCUCACUGGUGUUGUUUUCUUCUCCACGAUGAUCUAUUUUUUAGAAAAGGAUGAAGAUGGAACACCAUUUACUAGUAUACCUGCUGCCUAUUGGUGGUGUAUUGUAACAAUGACAACAGUUGGCUAUGGCGAUGCUGUUCCAGCAACAGCAAUGGGCAAAAUUAUCGCAUCAGCAGCAAUAAUGUGUGGUGUAUUAGUGUUAGCUUUACCGAUUACGAUUAUUGUGGACAAUUUCAUUAAAGUUGCACAGGAUGAGCAACAAGUGGAGCAGCAAAGAUUUGAUAAAAUAGGACAGGAACGAAGAAUUCAAUCGAUAUUAAACAAAAAAAUUGUUAAUGAAGAUUCAUAA